GACAGACGGGGCAGCUGAGCGGCGCUGCUCUCAUUGAUAGACGCAGGGUCAGGGGCCGCCGCGGGGAUGGAGGUCAGCCCUGGCUUAUGUUAACCUCUUGGUACCAGUUUGCCCGGAAGCUCGUGUUGAGGACUUCAUCUUAGCCCCGGAAGGCACCCAGAAGCUGAAGGGACACCGUGACAGGGACUGGCCCUGAGAGGAGGCUGUCGCUUCCCCGAGCAGAUGAACUUGGGACCCGCCCCCAGGAUGUGAAUUUCAUAGGGUCUCCUUUCUCGCCUCAAGUCCUGAUGCCACUGUCUUGCCCCAAAGUGUGUUUAUCCUCUUGAUUAUUAAGAAUUACUGCCUUAAUCAGUAGUUUACACUUCGAAGACUUUAAGUUUUAAAUCAGCAAAUCUGUACUAGGCACCAGCAUCUAUAAUGCACUGGUUAAGGAAAACCUCUACAAAAACUUUUCCUAUUUUAUAAUACAAUCAAUGCUCUAGGCUCGGUUCACCAUCCAAAUUCCUAGCUUCCCUUGUGUGCUUAUCAGGAGGAGGACAGGUGAAUAUUGUUAAAGAUACAAGCAGCGACUCUACCCUGGACGUCGCUGCUUAGUAAAAAAGCAGGGCAUUGGAUUAAGUGAAGGAGGAAAAGCCUGUUAAAGGAAAAACAGACACUUUCUCUUACAGAAGAAGUGAUGCCACCAAGAAGAAAUGAGAAAUACAAACUUCCUAUUCCACUUCCAGAAGGCAAGGUUCUGGACGAUAUGGAAGGCAAUCAGUGGGUACUGGGCCAGAAGAUUGGCUCUGGAGGAUUUGGAUUGAUAUAUUUGGCUUUCCCCACAAAUAAACCAGAUAAAGAUGCAAGACAUGUAGUAAAAGUGGAAUAUCAAGAAAAUGGCCCGUUAUUUUCAGAACUUAAAUUUUAUCAGAGAGUUGCAAAAAAAGACUGUAUCAAAAAGUGGAUAGAACGCAAACAACUUGAUUAUUUAGGAAUUCCUCUGUUUUAUGGAUCUGGUCUGACUGAAUUCAAAGGAAGAAGUUACAGAUUUAUGGUAAUGGAAAGACUAGGAAUAGAUUUACAGAAGAUCUCUGACCAGAAUGGUACCUUUAAAAAGUCAACUGUCCUGCAAUUAGGUAUCCGAAUGUUGGAUAUACUGGAAUAUAUACAUGAAAAUGAGUAUGUUCAUGGUGAUAUAAAAGCAGCAAAUCUACUUUUGGGUUACAAAAAUCCAGAUCAGGUUUAUCUUGCAGAUUAUGGACUUUCCUACAGAUAUUGUCCCAAUGGGAACCACAAACAGUAUCAGGAAAAUCCUAGAAAAGGCCAUAAUGGGACAAUGGAGUUUACCAGCUUGGAUGCCCACAGGGGAGUAGCCCUGUCCAGACGAAGUGACGUUGAGAUCCUUGGCUACUGCAUGCUGCGGUGGUUGUGUGGGAAACUUCCCUGGGAUCAGAACCUGAAGGACCCUGUGGCUGUGCAGACUGCUAAAACAAAUCUGUUGGAUGAGCUCCCUGAGUCAGUGCUUAAAUGGGCUCCUUCUGGAAGCAGUUGCUGUGAAAUAGCCCAAUUUUUGGUAUGUGCUCAUAGUUUAGCAUAUGAUGAAAAGCCAGACUAUCAAGUGCUCAAGAAAAUUUUGAACCCUGAUGGAAUACCUUUAGGACCACUGGAAUUUUCCUCGAAAGGACAGAGUAUAAAUGUGCAUAUUCCAAAUAGUCAAAAAGUUGAUUCACAAAAGAUUGCAACAAAGCAAGUCAAUCAGGAACAAAAUAGGUUAAUAGGAAAAAAAGUUCACAGUGAGAGAAGCGCUGAGUCCUGUGCAACGUGCAAAAAAGUGCAAAAAGAGGAGACGCUAAUGGGAUUGAUGAACAAUGAAGCAGCUCAGGAAAGCACAAGGAGAAGACAAAAAUAUCAAGAGUCUCAAGAACUUUUGAAUGAAGUAAACAGUUUCCCGCAAGAAUUCAGCUACAGACAAUUCCCAAACUCAUUUUAUGAACCUCAUCAAGAUUUUACCAGUCCAGAUAUAUUCAAGAAGUCAAGAUAUUCUUCUUGGUAUUAUAAAUACACUUCCACAGUCAGUCCAGGUAUCACAGACUUAGAAAGUUCAACAGGACUUUCGUCUACAGUUUCCCAGUUUACUCUUAGUGAAGAGACAAAGGCAGAUGUUCAUUAUUAUGGCAUCAUCAUACUUGUCCUUUUGAUCUUAGUAUGUCUUGCUUUAUAUUUUCUCUGAAGAUAUUGAAAGUCCUUUUAAGUUUCCAGCUCCUCACAAAAUGUUAUCUCCUUAUUUCAGUGUUUCUUCCCAGACAUUUUUAAGGUAAUUGGCUUUAAAAAGAACAUAUUUUAACAAAGUUUGUGGACAUUCUAAAAAAUAAAAUUGCUUUAUACUAGAAA